AUGAGUAGAACUGAUUUGACAACAGAAGAUGUAGUCAGAUAUUUUCACGCUAAAUUAAUGCAUAAAAAAGAUGAAGAAGCAUAAUAGAACAUUCUUCAAAAAAUUCCUAAUUUAUUCGAGUUGUUUGAAUAACUGGAACUUCCUAAUCCUAAUCACUACGAUUAAGGAGUUUAACUUGGAGAAGUUGAAAAAGAUAGAGUCGAAGUUAAACAUCCCUCAAAAUUUACUCAAUCAAAACCAUAACCGGUUGACAACGAUUCAAGGCAUCAUUCUAUGAAUGCCAAUGGCGUACCUAACGGUUCUUAAAAAAGAAGAUUCUGA